GCGAACGCGGGGGGAAAAAGGCAGAGAAUGUCCGCCAUCUACCCUCCGCUCCUGGGCGCGCUCUCAUUCAUAGCAGCCUCUUCAUGAAUUACAGCUGAGGGGGGCGGGGGAGGGGGGUACCACACAACACCCCAGCAAACCUCCGGGCCCCCAGGCAUGGCUAGCUCGUGUGCCGUGCAGGUGAAGCUGGAGCUGGGGCACCGCGCCCAGGUGAGGAAAAAACCCACCGUGGAAGGCUUCACCCACGACUGGAUGGUGUUCGUGCGCGGGCCGGAGCACAGUAACAUACAGCACUUUGUGGAGAAAGUCGUCUUCCACUUGCACGAAAGCUUUCCUAGGCCAAAAAGAGUGUGCAAAGAUCCACCUUACAAAGUAGAAGAAUCUGGGUAUGCUGGUUUCAUUUUGCCAAUUGAGGUUUAUUUUAAAAACAAGGAAGAACCUAAGAAGGUUCGUUUUGAUUAUGACUUAUUCCUGCAUCUUGAAGGCCAUCCACCAGUGAAUCACCUCCGCUGUGAAAAGCUUACCUUCAACAACCCCACAGAGGAGUUCAGAAGAAAGUUGCUGAAGGCAGGAGGGGACCCCAACAGGAGUAUCCAUCCCAGCGGCAGCAGCAGCAGCAGCAGUUGUAGCAGCAGCAGCAGCAGCAGUAGCAGCAGCAGCAGCAGCAGCAGCAGUAGCAGCAGCAGCAGCAGCAGCAGCAGUAGCAGCAGUAGCAGCAGCAGCAGUUUUUCCAAGCCUCACAAAUUAACGAAGGAGCACAAGGAAAAACCUUCUAAAGACUCCAGAGAACAUAAAAGUGCCUUCAAAGAACCUUCCAGGGAUCACAACAAAUCUUCCAAAGAAUCCUCUAAGAAACCCAAAGAAAAUAAACCACUGAAAGAAGAAAAAAUCGUUCCUAAGAUGGCCUUCAAGGAACCGAAACCCAUGUCGAAAGAGCCAAAACCAGAUAGUAACUUACUCACGAUCACCAGUGGACAGCAAGAUAAGAAGGCUCCUAGUAAAAGACCCCCCAUUGCAGAUUCCGAAGAACUCUCAGCCAAAAAAAGGAAAAAGAGUAGCUCAGAGGCUUUAUUUAAAAGUUUUUCUAACGCGCCACCGCUGAUACUCACUUGUUCUGCUGAUAAAAAACAGAUAAAAGAUAAAUCUCAUGGCAAGAUGGGAAAGGUCAAAAUUGAAAGUGAGACGUCAGAGAAGAAGAAAUCAACUUUACCGCCAUUUGAUGAUAUUGUGGAUCCCAAUGAUUCCGACGUGGAGGAGAAUAUGUCCUCUAAAUCUGAUUCUGAACAACCCAGUCCUGCCAGUUCCAGCUCCAGCUCCAGCUCCAGCUUCACACCGUCCCAGACCAGGCAACAAGGUCCUUUAAGGUCUAUAAUGAAAGAUCUGCAUUCCGAUGACAAUGAGGAAGAAUCAGAUGAGGCAGAGGAUAAUGACAAUGACUCCGAAAUGGAGAGACCUGUAAAUAGAGGAGGCAGCCGGAGUCGCAGAGUUAGCUUAAGUGAUGGCAGUGAUAGUGAAAGCAGUUCUGCUUCCUCACCCCUACAUCACGAACCGCCACCACCCUUAUUAAAAACCAACAACAACCAGAUUCUUGAAGUGAAAAGUCCAAUAAAGCAAAGCAAAUCAGAUAAGCAAAUAAAGAAUGGUGAAUGUGACAAGGCAUACCUAGAUGAACUGGUAGAGCUUCACAGAAGGUUGAUGACGCUGAGGGAAAGACACAUUCUUCAGCAGAUUGUGAACCUUAUAGAAGAAACUGGACACUUUCAUAUCACAAACACAACAUUUGAUUUUGACCUUUGCUCGCUGGACAAAACCACAGUCCGUAAACUACAGAGUUACCUGGAAACAUCUGGAACAUCCUGAGGCUACAACAACUGGAUGCAUCAAAAACUCUGGGGUUUUUUUUUUGUUUUUUUUUUUGGUUGUGAUUUUUUUUCUUGUUUGUUUAUAUGGAAACACUCAGAAUGAUGCAACCAAAAGGGAAAAAAUAAAAAGCAAACAACCUUCA